AUGAGGAUGUUUAACGAGAUCACCAGCAUACUUUCUGAUAAGAUUAAAAAACCCAUCCUCCCUGUCAAGGACAAGAACGGAAGUGUCAUAUCAGGCGAAGAAGACCUGAGAACAAGAUGGGCUGAACAUUUCAAAGAAAUACUUAACAGACCGGCACCAGUACCAUCAGACCAGACAUCCCACCACAGGUACCAUCAGUCCCACCAGACAUCCCACCACAGGCACCAUCAGUCCCACCAGACCAGACAUCCCACCACAGGUACCAUCAGUCCCACCAGACAUCCCACCACAGGCACCAUCAGUCCCACCAGACAUCCCACCACAGGUACCAUCAGUCCCACCAGACCAGACAUCCCACCACAGGUACCAUCAGUCCCACCAGACAUCCCACCACAGGUACCAUCAGUCCCACCAGACCAGACAUCCCACCACAAGCACCACCAGUCCCACCAGACAUCCCACCACAAGCACCACCAGUCCCACCAGACAUCCCACCACAAGCACCAUCAGUCCCACCAGACAUCCCACCACAGGUACCAUCAGUCCCACCAGACCAGACAUCCCACCACAAGCACCACCAGUCCCACCAGACAUCCCACCACAAGCACCACCAGUCCCACCAGACAUCCCACCACAGGUACCAUCAGUCCCACCAGACCAGACAUCCCACCACAAGUACCAUCAGUCCCACCAGACAUCCCACCACAGGCACCAUCAGUCCCACCAGACCAGACAUCCCACCACAAGCACCACCAGACAUCCCACCACAAGUACCAUCAGUCCCACCAGACAUCCCACCACAGGCACCAUCAGUCCCACCAGACCAGAUAUCCCACCACAGGCACCAUUAGUCUCACCAGAUAUCCUAUUAACCAACCAACCCAGCUCCUUGACAUCAGCACCAACCCCAAACAAGGCAGAGAUCAAUAA